CUGAACAGGUACUAUACCUAUCGUGUUAUUCAAAAUAUUUCUAUUGAGCCAGUCGUUCAACUAGGUGUCCAUUUCGCUGUCACGUAUAAUCGCUUAAUCGAUAUGGAUUAAUGAUAUUCAUUGCUUAAUAAUUAAUAGUCAUUAUUGUAUUAUCGCGGCCUCGAGGUUGGUUCAACAGUUGUCAGUUUUAUCAAUGUCAGUUUCUUGUACAACUAAAUAGCUACCUACCUACCGAAGCAGACGUAGAUAUGAGAGAAUAUUCGGAUUCAGAAUUUGAAAAGAAGCUAAUGCUCUUAAAAAACACUCAUGGCUUAAUUAAAUCAUUGUCUAAAUGGUGCCUUGAACGACACAAACGUUACAAAAGCAUAAUCAGUGUCUGGUACAAUGCUGUUAAGAAGGCGAGGAUCGAGAAACGUUUGACUUUGUUUUAUUUAGCUAACGAUAUUUUACGUAACAGUAAGAUAACAAAUUACAAGUUUAUCGAUGGAUGGGCAACUACUAUUAAAAAAUCUAUCCCCUAUGUCAGUCAUGGAAAAAUACGAUUUCAAAUUGCAAAAAUUAUUAAGAUUUGGGAGAAAUAUGGUAUAUAUGAUAAUAGUUAUUUAGCUGAUUUAACUAAUAUGUUAACUACACAAAAUCCGAAAUUAAAAUUAGCUGAUCCUGUACAAGAGUUUCAAGUACAAGCAUUAGCAGUUAAAAUACGCUCUUGUGUUAAACUGGAACAGAUUACAGACUUGCAGAUAAAAAAUUUAAGAGAAGCUAACUUGCCUCUCACUAAUAAUGAGGCUUUACAGAACAUGUUAAAAAAAGUUCGAACACCUAGUCACGAGUUUUUGAAUGAAUUAAAUGAUGAUGUGUCGAAAAUUCAAAGUUCCAUUAAAUGCAUCCAACAAGAAACUAUUAAUCGUGCUCAACUAAUAAAUGCUUUAGAAGUUGCUACAUCCUAUUAUGCAGCACAAAAUGAAGAAGUUAAGAUUGUUGCUCAAGCAUAUUUGGAAUACACUAAAAGAUUAAUACUUCAUAAGUAUAAAUUGCAAUAUUUGAUUGGUUCUACACCAACAGAUACUCCAACACUUUCUCCCGAUAUUAAAGCGCCAUUGCUUUCGACAUCUUCUGUGUCUAUUGAAGACUUAAACAUCAACACUGUAUUAAUUAACUCCGGUAAAUAUAUGACGAAAACUCUAAUGGAAAAUAAUGUUAAUGUGCCCAUUACAGUUAUUGAUAGUAUGAAAUCAUAUAUUACUCCUGACAUGCAUACUACUACUCAAGCAAUAAAAAAUCAUGAUCAACAAUCAUUAACCAGCCAGUUUCCAUAUGAUGCUCCAUCACAGCCUCCAGAUGAGACUUAUGCAUUUACUAAUCAAACAAAUGUAUCAAAUACUAAUAUGAAUAAUUAUAAUAAAAGUUCUGUAUAUUCUACAAGUAGUUAUGAAGUGUCUGUACCUACUCCAAUGUCAUCUAGUCAGCAAUUAAUAAUUUCUGAAUUCUCAAAUAACAUGGUACCUCCUACAAAUACGACAUCACUUAUAAAUGAAAAAACCAAACCAGUAUUUCAUGUUCCACAAAGAGUUUGGGACAUAAAUGUACAUAGUGAUAGGUUGACAAAUGAAAGACCAUCAUCACUGCCUUUUCAUAAGAAAAUCUCCUAUCAAAACACAUCCAUUAUCAGUAAAACUGAUGGGAAGCUAGGAAUCGAUCACUGUAUUUUACCAUCAAAAAUAAUAGAAAGAGAUGAACGAGUUUCUCGAGGAAUGAUAACUAAAACUUCUAAUAUUGACUACAGAAACUUAAUUGAUUUGACACAUGGUCCUGAUAUGAAUUCAUCAGGGGUUUCUGUUAAUGUUGAUUACCGAACAUUUCCUGAUAUUUCUAUACCACCACCAUCACUAGAUUUUCCUAUGGAAGCAGUCAGUAAACCACCAAAAAAUAAUGUAGAAAGUGUUGAUAUGAAUUUGAGUGAAAAUGACGAGAUACCUAAAUCAAAUCAGUAUCAUCUACCACCAAUGCCUUUUGUCUAUGACCAACAAUGUGUACCAGAUGUUACAAAUCAGUGGGAACAACCUUCCCAAAUAUGGGGUAAUGAUAGACCCAGUUUUGAGGAUAGCCAGUGGGAUAUAGAACAAUAUGAUCAAUGGAAACAUCCUUACCAGUGGGAACAAAAGCAAAAUGAUUCAAACUUUGUUCUUCAUCGACCUCAACUUCAGGGUUCUCAACAUAUUCAGAGAAACCAAUCCAAAGUAGAUUUUAGGCCAAAAUGGAAGAGAGGAAUUAGUGUUUGGCCAAGAGGCCCCAGAAAUGUUAUUCCACAUUCUACACCUACUGGCAGAUGGAAUCAGGGACCACUUUUUGGACCAUGGAACCAGGGACCACGUUUUGGAUUAUGGAAUCAGGGACCACGUUUUGGACCGUGGAAUCAGGGAUUACGUUUUGGACUGAGGAAUCGACCCUGGUAACUGAUUUAUUUUAAGUUAGACAUUGACUGAAAUGAGAAAAUAUAUAUUUUUAUAAUUUAAUAAUACUAAGAAUUGAUGUUAUUAACGUCAAGGAACUACACUUUAAGUUGAUUGAAUAUUUUUUUUUUAUUAUUGUGUAUUUGUAUACCAAUAUUUUAAGUUGAUUA